UCAAAGCAGCCUGUUAAACAGGUAUCAGGAAGUGCAUCUCACGCGCCAAAAGUCUAGUGCGACAAUUAGAUUAAUCAGCAGUUUAAACCGAAUUUACUGUUUCGAGCUAAUGAUGUCCAAAACACGUGUGCACAUUCUGUAAGCUUUUACAAAAGGGUUUCCACUUAAACUGGAAAAGAAAAUUAUGCUGCAACCCGGGCAAUCCCCACGUGUCCUCUCUUUCUCAAAAGUGCCCCAACACGCUCCCUACUCUGAUUGGCCAGAAUCGUGGGACCUAUCACAGACCAAUAUUUGCACUCCCGGAUACGCCACUUUUCAACGGGACCCACCGCUAUCGAAACCAGCCAAUCACGAGCCGAUACUGUUUCAGUGUUGCAAUAGACACGUGGUGCUUGCUAACCCAGCCACCGGUGCUCACCGAUAUCAUUAUCGUUUUCAUCUCCGAGAGAGACUGACAGAGAGAGAGAGAGAGAGCGAGAGCGAGAGAGAAAGGUUAGGAAGAGAGGUAGAGGAGGGUGAUGGACGGUGGAGAAGGAUGGCGCGUGUCAAGCAUCGGCGGUGGGUCCCAGGAUAAGACGUUAAUUAACAGAGUGAUGCUCAGAUUCCGGCCGAUCGCUCCGAAACCGGAGACCGGCGGAUCCAGUUUGCCGACGGAGAACAAGAGCCGCAGUUUUGUUUCGGAAGCAAGAAGAAAGAGAAAGUACGUUAGAGUUCGCAAGAAUAAUAAUGGAUAUAAGAGAGAGAAAAUGGUUUCUGAGGAAGAAAGUGAAGAUGGGGUGGAGAAGACGGUUCUGACUCUGCAACUGUUGCCUGAUAGAGCUCAAAAAAAUAAAGAUCUGGACGCUGGAGAAUCGUGGUCUAAGGUUGAUCGCACGGCUGAUAAAAAAUCGGUCGAGGAUAAUCAUAAUCAGGGCCCACAAUUGUGGCUGAGUGAAAAGAAAUGGGCGUUCGGUGACGUGGACACCGGUGCUGGGUCAGAUCGGACGGCGGUGAUGGCUCAGACGAGGGAGGUGGAGUCGUGGGUGACGGUGGAGAGCGUGACAGACACGUGCAUGGAUGUACGAGGAAUAGGGUGCACGGAUAUGGAGAAAAUUAAGAAUCUCGAGAGGGACACGUGCCCGGGGUUCGUAUCGGACGGUUUCGAGAGGGUGCAGUGGGUUAAUGAAGCGUAUAUGCGGAUGGUGAGCCAGGAGGGUGAUGGGCAGUUACAGGAGUGUACAGUGAGGUUGGUGGCAAAGGAAAGGUUGUUGCCCGGGGCUUACCCAGCGUUCACGGCUCGAGUGAGACUGCAGCACACGUGGCGUAACCAGAAGUACUGCACUUCAAAGGUCGUGCCGUGUGAUGUGUGGAGGAUGGAUUGUGGUGGGUUUGCAUGGAGGUUGGAUGUCAAGGCUGCUCUCAGUCUAAGCCUUUGAAAUAAAGAUCAAGGAAGACAAGAGAAGAGAAGAGACCUCAGGUCUUCAGGUAUUGCUUUGCCUACCAGUUUUCUAAGAAAUUGAGUAGUAAUUAAAUCUUAAGAGCAUUCUCUGAAGGGAUGGCGCCUUUAGUUGCCUUUUUUGUGGCAUGGGAAAAAGAUUUUACCAUGUAUAAAAACAAUAACAUC